AUGUCGCGCUUACACCCUGCGAAAAACGAAUAGUGGGGAUAGGAACGUGAAUAUCCACCACGACGAGAUGCCAUGAUGGAGGAUAUCGCAACAAAUGAUACGGGAGGGGAGGGCGGAGGUACAUCGAUUUGUGCUGGGUGCCUAAAUGCAAUCGACGAGGAUGAAUUUAUUCAGGCACUGAGCCAGGAAUGGCAUAUAGACUGCUUUCGAUGCUCAGCUUGCGAUGCUGCUUUAUCUUCAUGGUAUUUUGAAAAAGAUGGUUUAUUAUUUUGUAAAAAUGAUUAUUGGGCUGCUUACGGAGAGGCUUGUCAAGGAUGUGGUCAAGUCAUCACAGGACCAGUUAUGUUGGCAGGAGAUCACAAAUUUCACCCAGAAUGUUUUGCCUGCAAUUCAUGCAGUAAUUUCAUUGGUGAUGGAGAGAGCUAUGCCCUUGUCGAGAGGUCAAAAUUGUACUGUGGCGUAUGUUACAAAAGGCAAAUGCAGCCACUGAGCAAAACUGCGAAUUAUCCGUUCGUCAGAAAUCCACACAGCAUCAGAUUAGUGGAAAUCCCUCCAAAUACGAAUGGCGUUAUUCAAGAUCCAAAGAGACAGAGAGGGAUCAAACUUUCAUUGGACACAUCUCCAAGUCCAAGAACUUGCGGAGGAGCUUUAUUACGCAUCUCUGAGUUAAUGAGAAACGUGCGUGGAAAAAUCAGUAAGCUGGCUGCCUCUGUGAUGGAGGUUCUGUUUAGGCUAUGCUGCAACUUCUCUAACUAUAGACUGAACAUGUCUAGUGAUCUCAUGUCGCUGCAUAUUGGUGAUCGAAUCUUAGAGGUGAACGGCACACCUGUUAAAGAGCAACCCAUUGAAAGUAUCGAAAACCUAAUACGAUAUUCCGAUACAGUUCUGCAGUUGACUAUUGAACAUGAUCCAGAUGCAGUAUCUAGGCGACCAUCUUUCCCAAAUGCUCCCUCACCUGUUAUUACAAGUUCUCUCAGCCCAAGAACUAGCCCAGAGGGCAAAGAAAGGCUGUUUAAACGCCGUGACGAGGGAUACAUUAGUGGAACAAGAAGUAGACAACUCAGGAGAACCCGAGAUCCCAUGCAUAAAGAGCGCAGCAGUUCAAUGUCCAGAUUACUUGAUGGUUCUCCACAAUCGAGUGCAACCUCUGAUUUGAGUCGGACAAGAUCUUUUCGAGUGGAACCUAAAAACCAAAGGAUAUUUCGAGCCAGUGACUUAGUGAAAGGAGAGCUUUUGGGCAAAGGCUUCUUUGGACAGGUGUACAAAGUUACGCAUCGAGAUACUGGUGAAGUUAUGGUUCUCAAAGAACUGUAUAGAGUUGACGAAGAAGCUCAGAAAAACUUCCUAAAAGAGGUUGCAGUACUACGUUCUCUACAUCACAACAACGUUCUAAGAUUCAUCGGUGUUCUCUAUAAGGAGAAAAAACUUCACCUAGUAACUGAAUUUAUAUCUGGCGGCACUUUGCGUGGACUUCUCCAUGAUACAAACGAGUCUUUGCCAUGGGAGCAACGUACUUCUUUUGCAAAGGAUAUUGCAGCUGGUAUGGCUUAUUUACAUUCCAUGAAUAUUAUUCAUAGAGAUUUAAACUCGCACAAUUGCCUGGUAAGAGAAGACAAGACUGUAGUUGUAGCUGAUUUCGGCUUAGCGAGGAUAAUUCAAAAUGGUAAUUCGCCUGACAAACGUAAAUAUAGCCGACAUUCUGGCGAAGGUAGAAGUUCAAAAAGAUGCGAACGUAAGAAGAGGUAUACAGUUGUGGGAAAUCCUUACUGGAUGGCACCCGAAAUGAUGAAAGGAAAUAAGUAUGAUGAAAAAGUUGAUAUAUUCAGCUACGGUAUUGUACUCUGCGAAAUAAUUGGCAGAGUUCAAGCUGACCCUGAUUAUCUACCCAGGUCAUCAGACUUUGGCCUAAAUCAAAACGUAUUCAAGGAAAAAUUUUGCGCCAAUUGUCCCGAGACAUUUUAUAUGAUUGCAUUUUUGUGCUGCGAUUUAAACCCAGAUAAAAGACCUCCAUUUGAAGUAAUGGAAGUUUGGUUCGAAGGCUUGGCCAUGCACCUUUCUGUCGGUGCCCCAUUACCUUCAGACCUAGAUUUUGAUAUUCGGCAUUACACCGGACCUAGCCCAAGCAGCAGCGAAUCAACAACUCCAGAAACGCUUGCACCACAAUUGAAGCCAAUCAGAGAAGGACAGAUACAUCAAGAGAAGAAGCGUUCGUGUGGUUGUGACGAUAGCACCUUGGAGCGAGAUCCUAGUCCUGUAAGCAAUAAAAAUCCAAAAAUCCCAGAUGUUGUCAGUCCGGAAAAAUCUUCCCGUGAAAGCAUGACCAAACUGAAUGAAAACAACGCUCCUAACUUGGGGCGAUAUUCCAGACGAAAUUCUAGGUCCAAGGAAUCAUUGUCUGACAGAGAGAAACCUAGUAUUGUAAUUUCUCCUGAAAGUAAGGACUUCAGUGGACGUUAUUUCCGUCAAAACAGUAAGUCUAAGUCCAAAGACGCUUCGUUGGAAGGAACAAAACCUGGCAUGUAUUCUCGGCAGAAUAGUAAUAAAAGUAAACAUCAAACUACUUUGAAUGAGAAAUAUUACAGUAGAAGGCAAGAUGAGACAUCUGAUAAAUUGUUUUCAACGACUAAUGAUAGGCACAUGAAGCAGAUGAGCGAUUCGAAUGAAAUCACAGGGAAAGACAAUGGUUCCAUUUCGAGGCAUGGAAGCGAAGUUAAAGAAACUGUUAUUCCAGUGCCGCUGAUUGAAAAAAUGAGAUACGUUGGUCAAACCAAUGCCGAAACUGGCUUAGAGAGACCUUUGACGCCAUGUAAUAUUGGGAAAAAAUAUUCGUACCAACUUAAUAGUUCAUCACCGGCAACAAAAACCAAAGAAAUCUCGAGGCAAAAUUCAAUUGAGAGUAUAGACAGCAAAAUUAAAUCUCAGCCUGGAUUUAAUAGUUCAGACGCAACUAGUGUUUUAAGUUCUUACUUGAGACAAAUUACUAAAGGCAAAAUAUCUCCUGAGAAAGAAAAUCGAACCGUGUCUAGAUACAGCAGUUCAAAUUCUGUCAACAGCAAUUCAAGUAAGAGCUCCUCUGACAGUUCCAGAUCUCCAGCUGGCUCGUAUUUAAGAAGAACUAAGAUCUCGCCCACGAAAGAGCAGUUCAAACAUGCAUUUUCAAGACAAGACAGUACUGGGUCUAAUAAAAGUUCAGACAAUGGGUCCGUGGAACUUACCUCAAAAUUCAGCAAAUUGAGGUCCUUGUCAGGUCACCAGAAAUCUAUAGAAAACCAGAACAUGAAGCCAACGAGCAAUGAAAAAAAUUUGGAAGAUGAAUCAGCACUGCAAAGCGAUCUUUCAUAUCAAAAGAGCUUGCCAAAGGAGAAACCGUUCAGAAGACCCAGUAUCGGUUGUUUGCCGAAUGUCGUUUUCAAGCGAGAUGUUCUCUCCAGGCAGGACAGUUUCGGGUCUGAUGCAAGUACGCUGAAAAAAGGUGAUCUUUAUUACACAGAUAGUUUCUGUUCAAAUGAGAGUACGUUGAAGAAGGAUGAAUUUUACAGAUUAAAUAGCGCCGAAGCUGAUUCGAUCUCAUUGCAAAGUGAGGAUAAAGUAAAUAAAUGCUUAUGUAAAUUAUCUGAAGACUGUAAAUGCCUCAAAGAAUUUGAAGCAAAAUCGACUGAUGAUCAAAAAAAUUAUGUAAUAGCCCACCGCGAUAUCGUUAAUUCCCUCCAAGACAAGUCAAGAAUUUGUUCUGAUAAAGCAAGUGACACAUCACAGAUCUACAGCGGAAGCUUUAGGGCUUCCCAAAAUCUAACAGAGGACCAUAGGAGUUACAAAAACACAGGUGUUUUUAGACAGGAUAGCUUUGGAUUAGACAGCGCAGUAGGUACAAUGAGAAGCGAUUUUUUCUCUGAUUUAGAUCUGGUUAAAUUAAGAGGUGGCGGAGCAACACCUGAGUUAUGCUGUACACCAGAAACAUGUUGUACACCCGAGCGGCCCCUUUCGCCAUUCGAAAGUACUGCUCUAUGAUCUUAACCUGUUCCUUUUGACCUGAUCUGAAAAAAAUAUAAUAUAGAGCAAUGUGACAAUGGCAAUCUAUUUUCAUCUUACGCAAGGCAGUGUGCUUGUUUCGUCAUAUUUGUAAAAAUUAGCUGGCGUGCAUACCUUAAAUAUUUUUUUUUCUUAAUAAUUCAAACCAACUUAGUGAAUUAUGUUAGUAAAAUAGUCGGACCAAUUAUGAUACUUUCACAGAUAUUUCAUUGUCAUUGAUCAACUGUUCCAAAAUAAGAAUCGAAGCUCUUUUCUAAUUUUGUAAGGGCUGGAGAUUUUUAGUGUUUACAGAAUAAAAAAAUCUUCAAUUUUUCAUUUUGAAGAAGUUAUGCAAUGGUCAUGCUAUAAUGAAAUUUCUGUGUAUGUGUUUUAAUAUACUUCACUAUUUUUUAGAGUGAAAAAAGAGCUUAAACGUUACACUGAAUCUAUCUAAUGUAUACACGAAAAUGAUUGAUAUAGAUCAAUUCUUGAGCUUGAUAAUCAUUAUGUGGAGUAUAAAAUUGUAUAUCCUCUCACUUAAUUUCGUCAAUAGACUAAGUUUAAAAAAAAAAAAAAAAAAUCAACAAACAUUCCUAUUAAAUCUUGCCCUUAGAUUUAUGUAUAGUCGAUUUUAGUUUGAAGUAAACGAUCUGAAUUUACAGCAUUCCAUUUACAAAAUUUCCUUGCUCUAAAAAUGGUGUUUCUUGCAACAAUUUUUUCAUACAUAUUUUUGAUUGGGCAAUAAAUGCCAGGUGAAAUUGAAUCGAAAGACUUGAUAUCUAGAGGUUAUAAGACGGACAAUGUAAAAAAAAAAAACGGAUAAAAUCAUUCCGAUGUAUUUAAAAAAGGUCUACAUGAAGGAUAAAAUAUUAAGGCUCACUAGUGUCGUCUAUCAUGAUUGAUGAAGGAAAUCAAUGUUGAGAUAAGUAAUGUGCUCUGCAUCGUAUACCUCAGUUACGUAAGUAUUAAUAUAGGGUCUACAAAGAAAAUAUGAAUGAGCCUUUAUUACCGCAUAUUUGUGUAAAUUUGAAUGUAUGGUUUAAAAGAGUUUGGAAAUGCGUAUAAGUCUUGCACAGGUUUGAAAUUUUGAAGGGUAGUUUAUCUUCAGGUGAUGAGAUUUGGCAACAAAAGACUUUAUAUGCUAUUCCGAUCGUGAGUUAAAAACAAUACAUUUUACGUUCAAAAAUAUGUAUCACGUUUGAGUGAGUAAGAUAGCAUUCAUAACUAAAAGUUUGAUUGGAGCCUGUGCCUGUAUAGAAAACUUUACGUGUACAUAGGUUUGUAUAUAGUUUUAGGCUUUUCGAUCAUAGAGCUUUGAAAACACAAGCAAAAAACAAAAAAACAACCGUACUAGAAUUGGAAACCUACUAACUAGAUCUCUAGUACUAAAAAUAUUAUUUUUAUUUACACUUUUACUGUUAAGAAAGAAUAUUAUUUGCAGGAUGAUACAAAUUUUUCACAUCUUAUUAUUCAUUCAUCCAACGAGUUAACUGGUUUUUCUGACCUACAUUAGUUUCCUUCCUCAUUAUGGAAAAUAUAAUUUAUUUUUCCAAAUAUAUGUAUGAUUGUGUCGUCUAAAAUAUUGCUACUAAUUCUGUAAAUGUUACAGUGUAAUAUGAGUUUUAACUUAAAUUAAUAUCCUAAUUAUUUGUGCUUAAUCUUAUCGUACAAUUAAUAUGAUUCAUGAUUCUUGAAAACAUAGAAGAAAUAAUUGAAUGAAAAGUUUUUUAACAUUUACUUAUAGAGUCGUCCUGCAGUUGAAAUAAUUCUUUGUUACCUAAUUUACAAUCAAAAUGUACUUAAUUUCCUAAGUUAUCGUAUAAUUGAAUUGUUGAAUGAACGUCGGUGAAAGAAUGUUAAAUUCGAAACCACGGUGAUAACGCGAAUGGCAAUUAAAAGUUGAGAAAAAAAACGUGUAUUUAUCGUUUACAAAAAAUUGAUCUAAUCAAUCUCUUUGUAGUUCUUGAAUUACUUUCAAUGGCGUACAUGAAAGUGGUUUCGAAUUAUUGUAUAAACGUUAAACGUUGUCUGUGAUAGAAAGUGUUUUGAAAUUGUACAGCAAACAAUUGAGUACUUGUAAUUAACCGGUUAGAAUUGAAUACAACAUUGUAUACUUGUAUGUAUUAUUAUCAGCAAUACUCAUACAUAACAGUAACGGAACUAGUUACAUUUAAUUAUCGAUUAAAAUCUAAUAUAUAAUUUUUGGUGUGAAUAUUAAUGAAUUUCAACGGAAUUCGUGUAAUUAGUAUUCUUAAUAGUUAUAUAUUACAAAACUUGAAAAUUGCGUCAAUAAUAUUGCCUGUAAUUUUUUCCGGAUGUACAUUAUGAGUAACAGUAUUGAACAUUCAGUCUUGUUUGGUCACUUGGUCAGUAUUAAAAAUGUCAAUAAUGUCUUUUACGAAAAGAAAUUGUCUUACAAUUUCUUGUAAAUUUGUACAAAAACCUGCACCAGCACAGUUAUUGAGAAUAUUUUUGAUGCACCAUUGACCGAUAAACAUGGUCCUUGUAUAAUAAUGUAGUAGACUUUUUGACAAGUUGCUUAUUUGCCCACGCGGGGUAUUAAUCGGGUUUUUGCAAAAAUCUAGUAAGAAUAAAUAAAUUACAAAAUGGCUAAUAAACGACGAAGUUACCCACGCUACGCAAUUUACAUUUUAAUGUUAUAAAAUAUUUCCGUAUUAAACCAAUAACAAACUUUAUUUAUCACCUUAUACGUUGAAAUUUCCGUAAAUAAAAUGAAACUGUUAUUAUUAUAUAACUU